AGAGGGCGGGAACAAGUGUGAGGUUGGAAGCUUGGGAGGCAGUUGGAAAAGCAGCAGACACAGGAAGUUCAUGGGAUUUCUCAGAGUGUGGACAGUAUUCAUCAUCGCAGGGCUACAAUUUAGAAUAACUUCAACUUUUCCUAAAGUGAACAAUAUUCACUGAACAUUGCUCAAGCUCCUAUUGAGGAUUUUGGAAAUUUGCAAAGUUAACGGUAAAAUCGAUGAGUUCUGCCGACAGCCGACGUAUCGUCAGCUCAGGACUUCUCCCCGGAGAGGUGAACGGAUUUGUCCAGAAAGUCCAUUCCCCUCACUCGUCCCCAAAUGAUCCAGUGGAGGGAGAAAUCCAGGCCUUCCUCAUCGAUGAAGACCAGCUCCACACUUAUGACGACCUCACCAAAGUCAACCCGGUGACCACGUCAACAGUGCUGAAAUGCCUGCAGGCCAGGUACAGCGCGAAGGUGUUCUACACCCAUGCUGGCUGCACUUUGGUGGCUCUGAACCCAUUUGAGCCGAUCCCCGACCUCUACUCGCUGGAUGUGAUGAAGGAGUAUCACGGCGCUCCUCAGCCUCAGGAGUUCAAACCACACAUCUUCAUUGUGGCAGAGGAAGCCUACAGGAAUGUUCAGGGCCAGCUGGAGCCGGUGAACCAAUCCUUGGUGGUCAGCGGGGAGAGCGGUGCAGGGAAGACAUGGACGUCCCGUUGCCUGAUGAAAUACUACGCCACUGUGGCAGCUUCCUCCUCCGUGGUGAAGAGUCAGGACACAGUGGAGAGGAUAGAAAGGAGGGUGCUGGAUUCCAACCCCAUCAUGGAAGCUUUUGGCAAUGCCUGCACGCUACGGAACAACAACAGCAGUCGCUUUGGGAAGUACAUCCAGCUCCAGCUGGACAGGUGUCAGCUGUUAGUGGGAGCAUCUGUGCAAACCUAUUUGCUGGAGAAGACCAGAGUGGCUUGCCAACUGGCUAAUGAGAGGAACUUCCACAUAUUUUACCAGAUGAUGAAAGGUGCCACCGAUGAGCAGAGAAAGGAGUGGAAGAUGCCACGUAGCCGGAGUUUUGUGUGGCUGCCAAAUGCAGAAAAGACAGUUGAUGAGGAUUGCUUUGAUGAGACUGUCGAGGCAAUGGUCCAUCUGGGCAUUAAUGCAGAAAGGCAGAGACAAAUAUUCAGGAUAUUAGCUGGGAUUCUGCAGCUGGGGAAUGUGAAUUUCUCCUUUUCCACGGAUGAAUCACAACCUUGUGAUCUAGAUGAACAGUCCAAAGACUUUUGGCAGAGAGCUGCCGAGCUGCUGUGUGUCACGGCCGAGGAGCUUCGGACGUGUUUGAGGGUGAGGACGUUGAAGGCGGGGAAACAAAGUGUGCUGAAGCCCUGUUCCCAGGCAGAGUGCAGCAUGAGGAGAGACUGCCUGGCCAAGGUCAUCUACGCCCAAUUAUUUGAUUGGCUGGUUACGUUCAUCAACAACAGCAUGUGUGCAGACAAGUCCAUGUGGUGCAACUUCAUAGGAGUUCUAGAUGUGUACGGGUUUGAAUGUUUCCAGAUCAAUAACCUGGAGCAGCUGUGCAUCAACUACGCUAAUGAGAAACUGCAGCAGCAUUUUGUGGCUCAUUAUCUCAAAGCUCAGCAGGAGGAAUAUGUAUCGGAGGGGUUGGAGUGGUCUUUUGUCAAAUACCAGGACAACCAGAGGUGUCUCGAUCUUCUAGAGGGAAGUCCCGUCAGUGUGUUUUCUCUUCUUAAUGAGGAGAGUCGUCUCAAUCGAGUCUCAGACGCAAAGACCUUCAUGGCUCGUUUGGAGAAGGAGCUCUGUGUUAAUGCCAACGUCAGCUGGGACAAGUUCAGCAAGGUGCCACACUUCACGGUGGCCCAUUACGCCGGCAAAGUCAACUACCAGAUAGAGCGAAUGGUGGAGAAAAACAAGGAUCCAGUACCACCAGAGCUCACCCACCUGCUUCAGAAGUCUGACAACCCCCUGCUCCGCCAGAUCUUCUCUGAUAAGGAAACCGAGAACACAACCAGCAAGGGGCUCAGUAGAGUCACCGUGGUCUCCAAGUUUAAGAACUCUCUGGAGAGCCUGAUGAAGAUCCUCCACACCACAACUCCUCACUACACCCGCUGCAUCAAACCCAACCCCGAGUGUAAGCCGCUCACCUUCAAAAAGGAGGAGGUUAUCUUGCAGUUGGAGGCCUGUGGGAUUGUAGAGACUAUUCAUAUAAGUGCUGCUGGCUUUCCAAUAAGGAUUCCUUUCAAAAGCUUCUUGCAACGCUACGGACUGAUUGCAAAAUAUUUAAUUUUCAAGUCAGGCAGUGUGGAUGUGGAGGCUGACCGCAGCGACACGCUCCGGCAGGAGGUGGAGAAGCUCCUCCGUGUGGUGCUGCAGCACAAGGCGUUCGACCCCUCGCACAACCGGGACUGUGACAAACCCAAUUCAUGGGUCCACUGUGGCAGAACCAAAGUUUUUCUCACUCAGUUAAUGCUCGAUCCGCUGGAGGAUCAGAGGAAGAAGAUCCUGUCCCAGUGUGCCUUCUCCAUUCAGUGCUGCUGGCUGAGGUUCCAGCGUCGCCGGCGCCACGCCCGGCAGCGGUCUGCUACUCUGAUCCAAGCAGCGGUGCGGUCGUGGCUCCUCAGGAGGCAGCUCCAGAGAUGCAACAGAGCAGCUGCAGUCAUCCAGACCGCCUGGAGGAAGAGGAGGGCCCUUUUGAAAUCAUUGGCCGAGGCAGAACUGGACGACGCAAUGGACCUAGCGGAGGAGGACCUGCCGGCAUUGAACGCUGUAAUCAGGGAACGGGGCUCAGUGCAGCUCUCCUCCCUGCAGGAGCCCGUCACAGUGCGAGGGUGGCCCAUGGGCCUGGCUCUGGCCUCAGCGCCGUCCAUCACCAUGUCUCUGACAGCCACAGGCUUUCAGAAGAUGAUGUCUGUGUUGGCCUCCCUCAACGUGCCCUCCAGGAGAAGGGAGUAUAAGGUGAAGCCCAAUCAGUACUCACAGGAGCUAGCCUCCAUACGGGCUCAACCUAAGGGAUCUGUAAAGCUGCACUAUCAGCGAUCUCCACUUCUCUAUGCUGACACGCAACCAGACAUAAAGAGAGACGUGACGGGAUUCAACGCAAUCCUGCUAGAAAAAACUUUGUAAGCAAUCCCACGGUGCUGCCGGCCAGAGGUGGAUUUCAUGUUAUGGUGGGAAAGCAUUUGCACCUCCAUGAAAAGAGGGGAAAUAAUAUAAUUUUUGCUAACAACCUGAAUCCUGGCAUUAUCAUUCUUUUUUAGCCACCAGGUUAGGUAAGAUUAUGCACCGUGCCGUGAACCUGACUUCAUCGUAAAUCAUCUGUAGGCCCCCCCGGGUUCCAUGAAACAAAAAAAAUCAGAUCAAAUCAUUGAACAGGAUUUUGGUUGAUGUCGCUGCAGGACAGAGCCUAUUGAUCAAAGUGUUGGGCCUUUGACAAGUGCCUUUCUUAUAAUCUACUCUCAAAUCAAGAAUGGGCUGUCGAUACAACUUUAUUUUAAAGUGAUUAUUUAUGACUGAUUUUAGGGAUUUAUUAUCGUAAAAUCGUUUGCACAUGAAUUAAGUAUUGCACAUUAUAACCACGGACCUGCAACAAGCGCACAUGAACAAGAGGACACACAAGUUGUGUGAAAUAGGGAAAGCAAAAAAUAGUUUUUGUAUAAUAUUUUUUUAUAAAGAAAUCUGUAAAAUAUUUGCUUAAUCCACAUUGUGUAGAUUUUCAUCUAUUGCAUUAAUGAAAUUACUGCACAACCGACCAAAGUCUUAUUACACUAUUUUUUGUUUAAAAAUGGUAAACCUCUUUGGCUUUAAGUAACGUUAGUAGUUAUUCAUUUAACUUUGAUUUGAUCCUAUGCAAUACUUACCGACAGCUGGUGAUUCCUUUCAUAUCUUCAGUUGUGCGCUCUUAACUUUUUCCAGCCAUAGAUUUACUCAAAUGUGGCAUUCAGUCAUUAUGACAGUUGAUCAUUUGCAAUAUGUACACUAUUUUGUAAGUGGUAACAAGGGAUUGUUGUAAAACUUGAAAUGUUGAUAUUUAAUGACCAUUUCUUUUAAAAUAAGUCUCUUAAUAAAAAUGUAACUGAUGCACCUUCCUUA